GGACGGACUAUGAAGUUGUGUAAACGUGCCCCUUUACAAAACGUAAGACGUACCUAGCUAGAAAACCUGCUUCCCAUUGAAGUUGUCCCGGGCAUCUGCAUCAUCAAUGGCGGGUGAAGGAGAAGAGGACAAGCAAAAGUCCUUCAAGCUGUUGGGGAUCUUGGACAUCCAGAACACCCCUUGUUCUCGGGAUGCUAUUCUGCAUGGUGCAGGAGGCUCUCUUGUCGCGGGGCUGGGGCACUUUUUAGCAACAAGUCGGGUUAAGAGAUCGUUUGACGUUGGUUUUGCAGGAUUCUUUCUGACGACUCUCGGAUCUUGGUUCUACUGCAGGUAUAACAAUGCCAGACUCCGCGUACAGCAGAGAUUUAUCCAGGACGGAAUUAAGAACAAAGUGAUGUAUGAAGGGACAAGUCUGGACCCCUCUCGGAAAACGAACAGUGGCUCCGCGGGAGGCUCUUGACGGAUUGAAGCUGUGGCUUGUGCCUGACCCUGUACUGGAGACGGUUCCUGCUGCUGGAUGAAGCACGCACGGAGCCCC